CCUUUGUUUUUUUCACCGAGCCUUCUACGCGCCCGCAUACCCACCGCUUCCCGAUUUGCGCCGCCGGAGACCCCGCCAGCGCCCGAUUUGCGCCGCAAUCACCGCCUCCAACCCGCCAGAGCCCGAUUUGCGCCACCGGAGACCCCGCCAGCCGCCCGAUUUGCGAACGCGCCGCAACCACCUCCGUCCUGCACGACACCAUCCUUGUCGCCGUGGGUGGAGGCAGGCGGGCGGCAGCACGAGAUCCGCGCGGGGGUUGAGGCGGCCUGCCGGUGCGGGAUCUCGACGCGGGGCGUGGGACGACAUGGGAGCUCCGCCCACCAUGCGGCCGCCGGCGAUGCUCCGCUGGGACGCAGUGGCGCGGGCUCUUGCGGCCACGACGCUCCUCGCCUCCGCACCGGCCGCCCGCAGGGAAAGGGGGACUGGUCCAUCACCUCCGUCCUGCACGACACCAUCACCAUUCACCGGGGUAACCACGGGAUCCCUCCCUCGCUCCCUCGAUGUGCUGAUUAGAUCCCUCCCCGCCAUGCCGCUGCCGCACACCACACGCGCGGCGGUCAUCAGGGAUACAUCUCUUCGCCCACACGGCCGCACCACUGCAUUCUCCUUGCGCACGAUCGCCGAGGAUAGGGUCCUGCACGUGUUGCCCCUAUGGAUGAGGGGACCUCGCGCUGCUCCUGGGUGGUGGUGCCAUGGGCGCCGGCGCUCCCAGCUCCCACGCAAGACUUGCUCCUUUUUUAAUCCAGAUUCUUCUUGUUCUACUUCUCACAUCUGGGCGUGAUCCUGGAAUUGUUCCUCGAAACGCUCACCCCCCAGAGCCUGAAGACAUUGGUGAAUCCCCAGAUUGGCCUGGCGGCCAACAUGGUUCAACAGGUUUACCACUUACAAGGGAUGUUCUUGUCAAUGGCGUUUCGGUCAAGGUCAAAUAUUGACAUACAUGUAUGCUGUAUCGUCCACCAAGGUGCUCCCAUUGCUCAAUCUGCAACAACUGUGUAGAACGUUUUGAUCACCACUGUCCAUGGGUAGGUCAGUGCAUUGGAAAGAGGAACUACCGUUUCUUCUUCAUGUUUGUGUCUUCAACUACCCUACUCUGCAUAUAUGUGUUUGCAUUCUGCUGGGUCAAUCUCAAGAGAAUUAUGGACAUGCAUGAAUGUAAAAUUGGUAGAGCCCUUUUGAAGUCUCCUAUCUCUGGGCUUCUCAUUCUAUACACAUUUAUUGCUGUGUGGUUUGUAGGAGGAUUGACUUCAUUCCAUCUCUAUUUGAUUUCUACAAAUCAGACUACUUAUGAGAACUUCCGAUACCGUUAUGACCGGAAAACAAAUCCUUACAACCUUGGAGUGGCCCAGAAUUUCAUCGGCAUCUUAUUUUCAAGGAUCCCCAACUCAAAAAACAAUUUCAGAGCAAAAGUUAAGGAGGAUUCUGCUACCUUCACGACAUCCCUCAGUAUGGGAUGGGUUCUAAGUCCGCCCAAGAUGAGUGUGGACCUUGAAAUGGGCAUGAAAAGGCAAGCUGUGGCUGCAGAGGACUUGCACAGCCAGAUCGGCAGUGCUAUGGGUCUGGAGAGAUGUGGCACUGAACCCCCGCAUUUUGUUGGUCGAAAAGGCUGCUCUGAGAUUUCAUCUGACAUAGAGGCAUUUGCAGAAGAGUUUGGCAUGGAAUGUGGGCUCAGUGAGAGGAAAAAGAUUGAGCGACGCACAAAUGAUGGUCCAUAGAAAGUUUCGCUAUCAUAAGCCCCUCUCCAACAUUCUGUCAACCCUCAACUUAGGCAGGAAAAGUUUGGAAAGAUGAAAAGGAAGUAGGACAAAAUGGUAGAAUGAAUUUGACAGGCAUUGGUUAGUUCAGUUUGGCUGAAAUUUCCAGCCAAGACUUCAUGUAGAAGUCAUUAUUUUCCCGUAGCAACUUAUAUGCAUUUUGACUAGCAAACUAAAAUGCGAAUUUGGUGGAGUCAUUAUUUUCUUUUACUGAACACCCAACCUUAAAAGAUCAUGCACUGUUACUGUCUA